AUGCUACCACCUCGGGUCUCUGCUGGUCGAAUACCAACAGUGAGCCGGCCACUAAUACCGCCGAGCAGCCAUGGCCUCCGCCAUCAAUUCCGUCCAUUCACCCACCGAUCCCGACUUCUGCUUCUCUCCCCGCCACUAGGUCGGCCUCAGGUACCAUUUCUGUCGCCCUUGGCGAGCACUCGCCCUCUCCCGCCCCUGUCGAUCCAUCUCCGUCAACAUUUCGCCCGGUUAAUUUCCACCGAGCGCCGCGAUUACUACAAGCGCCGCCUGUCGCGCGGGCUGCGGAUCGGGCUGACGUUCUACGCCAUCCUGGUACUGUUCCAGGUGAUCAAGCUGGGCGUUUACCAAGAGGAAAUCGAGCACCAGUGGCCCACGCCGUCGGAAUGGUCGUGGAAGAGUCGCUGGUGUCUGCGGUCCGCGCAGGCGCUGCAGAACCCCGAGCAGAUCGGGAAGCUCAUGACCAACUGGCCCAUGGUUGCGGGGUACCUGCGGGAACUGCUGGAGCGGCUGGAGAACCCGGAGGGCGAGGGUAAGGGGAUCAAGGAGCAGGCGGAGGGUGGGAUUCUUGUUGAGGGCGUGGGGAGGACCGGCUUCGAUAUCACGGCUAAGAGUGAGCCGUGGCGGAGGGGCUAUCACCAGGCGCUGAUGGGGGCGGCCAAGGCCGCGGAGAAUCUGGAGGGGUGGCUGACGGAUCGGAAGCAGCGGAUCUCUGCUCCUGCGGAGUAUGUGGUUGGUCCUUCGAAUCCUCGGCCCAAGCCUAUGCCGGCGGGCCAGAAGCAGGUCCCCCGGGAGGAGGAUAGCGAGCCGGCGUCGCCGAGUCCGGAGGUGUUUUAUAUGAAGGUUUUGACGACCAAGGGGUUUGACACAAGGCAGAAGCUUGAUGCCGCGUUGGCUUAUGCCGACUGGCUGGAUUAUAAGGGGCUGCAGGAGACCGCCCGCGACAUGUAUGCUUGGGCCAUGGAUAUCGCUGCGGCCGGAUCACCGGUAGACGCCAGCAAAGUGGUGAACACGAAAACGGGGGUCCUGAAGAACGACACCCAAGCGCUACCGUCUGAGAAUAUACUGCGGGUAUCGACUGCGCUGGCGGUACAUCAUGCCCGGCAAGGCAACCUGCCCACCGCCCUAUCCAUCUUCACAUCGGUGCUUAAAGCUCGCCGUUCCCUCCCCCCGCCUCCGCCUGACGCCAAACCUUUUGUCCUCCCAUCCAUCCCCAAAUCAACCCGAGACCCUUUCGUCUCACUCUACAACUCCAUUAAAACCAUGUUGGUCCCGGCCGAAUACCCCCCGCCCCUCCCAUCGGGCGACGAACCCCCGCUCCGCACUCCCACCUCCGCCUGCGAAGAGGCAGGCCUCAUGACAUACAUCGGCGAGAUCAUCUACGCGUCCUCCUCCAAGGAAGCCGGUCUCGCCUGGACGCGCGACGCAGUCGACAUGGCCGAAUCCACCAUCCUCGAACUCGGUGGCUUGGAAGACCAUAACCCCCGGCACCGCUGCGCCGAGUGUCUCCGCGUGGGUCUGGAGAACUGGAAGACAAUGGUCUCCAAGCUGGUCGCGCAGGCGGAAAGAGAGGAACGCGAGAGCAUCGAGAAAGCCAAGCAUUCCUGGUUCGGAGGCGAGAAGCAGAUGGAAGCUAAAGCCCUUGAGCGGAAGCGAUGGGAGGCCGAGCGGUUGAUUCUCGACGAUAGGAUCAAGAAACUCUGGCCUAUUAUCGACGGGGAGGCGGGUUUGGAGGGUAUCGCGCCCAAUAGUUCUCUGUUUGUUUGA